AUGACUUACCGGAUUCUUUUUCUGAUAUCAUAUUUUUUAAUAGAAUCUAACGGUGCACUAGCUCCAUUCAUUAAAAAAUGUAAAAGUGAUGAUAGUGAAUGUCUAAUAGCAAGUACUCAGAUCGCAAUCCCGUAUCUGUCACCUGGUAUACCCGAGCUUGAAAUUCCACCCGCAGACCCAUUAUAUUUCAAGGAAAUUAGCGCUGACCAAGGUGACCUCAAAUUGACCUUCAGAGACUUGAAAGUUACCGGCACUAGCAAAUGCAAAGUGAUCGAUGUGAAGAGAGACACAGUGGCAUCAACAAUUUCAUUGGAAGUAGAAUGCCCUAUUCUAGCUACUGGAACUUAUUUACUAGAUGGAAAACUGUUGUUCAUCCCAGCACAAGGGAACGGUGACUUUGAAAUCAAAACAGAAAAUGUUAAACUCAAAGCACUUUUGAAGUACAAGACUAUCACAGCUAACGACGGCGCUAAACACUGGAAGAUUACCGGCUACGACUAUUCAUAUGACCUUGUUGAAAGAGUCUCGAUAAAAUUGGACAAUCUUUUCGGUGGAGACGAGACUAGAGCUAAGCCGAUUCUUGAGAUUUUGAACAACAGUUGGAAGGAGUUAAUCACAGAAAUUGGGGCACCGAUCAUAAAAGAGCUAUUUGCUAAAUGCAUAUCUAUAAUCAAUAAAUUCACGACUGCUGUACCAACAACGGAACUUGAAUUA